AUGCCCCCUCUAAACCCCCACCGCCGAACAGACUCCCAACCCACAUACAGAACCUCAAUCCUCCCAAACACCGCAACAGCCACCAAACCCGGGCCCAGCAGCACUGCCAGCGGCCCCAGCUCAAUGUCAACAGCCAAACAACGCCAAUACGCCCACCUGCACUCGCAACUAGCGCAAUUAAAUGCCAACCUAGCCGACACGGAGAACUUGCUUCGCAUGACGGCCGUGCAGGCGGGUGAUAUGCGGUUUUUGGGCGGGUAUGUGGGUGCGCUGUUUAUGGGGUCUGCGAAGGUUAUUGGGGAGGAGGGAGUUAAAGGGCAGGCUGAUGCUGAUGUGCAGGGGCAGGGUCAUGAGGAGCUUGCUGUUAAGGUUGAGGGGGAUGAGGAGUGA